AUGAAGAACGCGACCGCUGACGAGUUGAACCGAAUUUAUAACGCCGCCACGACUGCCAUCAAUGCUCAGGAGAGCAUUGAAAGACCCAUCGGCACGCACGGUAUGGACCUCUUCAAUUACCUGCUCGUCGAGCGCUUUGACCCACAGACUCGAAUGCAGUGGGAGUCCUCAAUCCGCGAUUCCGUCGACCCGCCAAGCAACGACGUCCUUAUGGACUUCAUAGCGAAGCAGAUCCUCACGCUGAACGCCGUGCAGCCAACCCCUGCCGCGAAAUCCGGAGACACUUCUCGGUCCGCAAAGUCGCACUUUGUAAAACGCGCAUCCGGUUCGUCAACGUGCGCCGCCUGUAAAGAAAAGCAUUCGAUUAUGCAAUGCUCGAUGUUCAAGGCCAAGACCGCUGCCGAGCGAAAAGGUCUAGUAGAAGCAAACAGAUUGUGCUUCAACUGCCUCGGCAACCAUUACCUGGCAAAAUGUCAGUCGUUGAAAACGUGCUUCACUUGCAAAGCACGCCACCAUACGCUUCUGCACGACGCAUACUCGCAAUCUGAUGGUGCGAUUUCCUUGUCCACCACACGCUUCGCAUCAGACCGCAAGGCAAUUCUUCUUGCCACUGCACGGGUCACUAUCAAGGACCACGUGGGAAGACCGCACGACAUCCGAGCCCUGAUCGACCAAGGAUCAGAGGUCUCUCUAGUCUCAGAGGCCCUAGCACAACGAUUGCGCCUGCCGCGGCUCCGCUCCUCGAUGACGAUAGCCGGGAUCGGAGGAGCCUCUGGAGCAACCCGCGGACGGCUGUCUUUGGCGCUCUCCUCGGCAAUAACCGGAGCAACGCUCCCAGUCCAGGCGUACGUCCUGCCGCAUCUCUCCUCGUACCAGGGGCCCAUCGUGCGAGCCAGCGUCACCUGGCCCCACAUACUCGGUCUCUCUCUGGUCGAUCCGCAGUAUUUAGACCGAGAUUCAAUCGAGAUACUGCUCGGUGCGGAUGUCUAUUCCGUCAUCCUUCAAGAUGGACUCCGCAAGGGAUGCAAAGACGAGCCCAUCGCGCAGAAGACCUCCCUCGGGUGGAUUCUGUCGGGAGGACACCGAGCCACGACCCAGGGUAGCCAUGCCGCUCACCAAUGCACGAUAGACCGCUAG